ACCCCAUUCCAUACGACAAUCUACCAUUUCUGUGUGAACCCAUUUUAAUGCAUUGUGUCAUAUCCUGAAAAAUAUUUAACACGACUUUCUUAAAUUUAGGGAUAAGUUAGCUGUUCUUCAGGCACUUGCUUCAACUGUAAAAAGGGAUACCACAGCUGCAGCCUACAUAUUUCAAGAUGAUCCUUAUCUUAUUCCUAGAACUAGUUCUGAGUUUCGUUUAUUUUCCUUGGCAAAAGAAUCUGGGAAAAAUGCAGCCAAAUAUAUUUUUAGCACCCAUCCUAAAUAUUUUGAGAAAGACAUCGCUGAACCUCACAUACCGUGUCUCAUGCCAGAGAAGUUGGCAUUGCAGCUUGAAGAAAUAAGUGAGGAUGCACUUAAAAAUCGAAUCGAGCUCAGACAAGUAAAAGCUUCUGUAGACAUGUAUGAUCAACUCCUGCAAGCAGGAACAUCAGUAUCUCUGGAGACAUCAAACAGUCUUCUAGAUCUCUUGUGUUUUUAUGGAGAUACAGAACCAAACCAAAAGAAUGAUCUUGGAGGUAACACUGAACUGGAAAACAUGGAAGAAGCUCCAGAAGAAAGUAGGCAGAGGGGCAAUUUUCAGAAUACCACUAAUAACCUUGGCAUUAAAUGGAGGGAGAACAACAAUGCUGAGAGAGUAUUUAACCUAAUGCCAGAAAAAAAUGCACAUUCCUAUUGCACAAUGAUCAGAGGAAUGGUGAAGCACAGUGCAUAUUCAAAGGCUUUUGACAUGUACACGGACUUGUUGAAUAACAGGCUUAGUGCUGAUGUAUAUACAUUCAAUGCAUUAAUUUUAGCAGCUGCAGAAGUAAAGGAAAAAUACACUGAAAGAUGGGAGCUUGUUGAAGACUUGUUGAGACAGAUGGCUCAACAGAAGAUACAGCCAAACCUGUUAACUUUUAAUUCCGUCCUGAAGACACUAAGACGAUGUGGUUCUUUAGCCCGGAGUAUGGCCCUCCAGACACUUAGUGAAAUGAAAGCACUGAGUAUAGAGCCUAGCCUUGCAACAUUUGACCAUCUGCUUAGUAUAUUUCACAAGUCAGCCAUAUCUUCUCGAGGACAAACAGAAAUGAUCUAUGAUGUCUUAGAUGAAAUUGAGGGAAAGAGUUUUUACCCACAGGACCCAGAUGAUAUUUACUUCUUUUCAAAUGCUAUGAGAAUAUGCCUGGACCUGAAGGACAUUCAGCUUGCCUAUCAACUACAUAGUGUGGUAGAGACAGCAGGAAACAGGAAAAUGAUGGCAGACAUGCUCCAGAAAACCUCAUACUUUGGAAGAUUUUUAAACCUAUUGUGCAUGAUGGAGCAGCUUGAUGUUGUACUGAAAUGGUACAAAGAACUGGUUCCUUCAAUGUUUUACCCAAAUUCUAAAGGGAUGCUGGAUCUUCUUCAAGCAUUGGACACAGCCAAUCAUUUGGAAAUGAUUCCCCAGAUCUGGAAAGAUAUCAAACAGUUUGGGCAUAGCCGGAGACCUCCUGUUGCGGAGGAUGUUUUAGCUCUCAUGGCCAGAGACGAACAGUCUCCAGAGACUCAAGUGGCAUUUGCUGACUGUGCAGCAGAAAUAAAAUCUCUCUAUGAGAUACAAGAAAGAAGACAAACUGUCUUAGAAUGGACAGCUGCUUCUCUGGGGAACUGCACUGUGUUAUUUGCCAGGGCUGGGAGAAUGCCAGAAACCUGGGACAUGCUGGAGCUUUUCAAAAAGUACAACCGAAUACCCAGCGACUUAGUGAUGAAUGAAGUCUUGGACUGUAUUAAGCAAAACAACCAACCAGCUCAAGCACUUAACCUAGUAAUGCUGGCAUCUGACUUCAGUUUACAAUCAACUUCAAAACUUGCCAAGAGAGUUCUGGAAGAAUUUCAGCUUUCUGAAGAGCAAAGGAGGGAUCUGGCUGAUAUGACAGCAGAAAGCAGUGAUGACAGUGACAGUGAUUAGACGACAAGAAAGAACCUCUUCCUUUCCCAAAGAAAAAGACAACUUCUUCAAUUGACAGUCUGCCUGACAGGAUGGAGCUUUGUAUAUAGCUGUUAAAAUUACAGUUCUGUUGGGACAGCUAUGCUCAUAUUUGAUUACCAGUAAUGUGAAUUGGUGGGGAAAUUGGCUCUGACCUGGUCUAGAGUACUAAUCCCCAUCCACCAACACCUCAGUUUGGAAAACAAACUGUCUGGAUCUUAUAUUAUGUCUCACACAAUAUUUGUUUAAAAAUACAUUAAAUCGUUUUAUAAUUGCA